GCGAUGCCCAAGGAGCGGCCGCUGUGGCGGGGCGCGGCUUUCCGUCUUUGCGUGCUCUCGGCCGCGCUGCUGCUCUGCCUGCAGCUGGCCGUGCGGCGUUCGUGGUGCCCGGAGGAGAGACCCCGGCUGCCCGCCGUUGCGGCGUCGGGGCGGGCGGUCCCUCAGCCCCGCGGCACGGCGGCGGCCUCGGGGCGGCGGCGGGUGACCUACGUGCGGAGCGGGCGGCGGGGCGGCAGGCCGGGCAAGAAGACUGCAAGGUGGCACAUUGAACUGCAGCCAUGGGCAAGUCCAACUCCUUCCUUGAACUAUGAAGCUUUGAGGUUCCUGAAGUACAUUAGCACUUCUCAAAUUUCAUGUGAGCACAUGAACCUGAGCAGCCUGAGGGGCAACUCUGAAGCCAUGAAGAGGCCCUGGUCAGUCUGCCUUGAUGAGAGGUUUAGCCUCAUCCACCGGCUCAGAAACAAGCAGUGCCGUCUCUAUUCCCUGGGACUGGGCAAUGACGACAACCAGUUUGAGAUCAGCAUGGCUAACAGUGGAUGCGAGGUGCAUCGCUUCGACCCCAGCAUAAAGUCAGCACACAUCCAGGAAGGUCAGCACCUCUGGUAUCAUCGCCUGUCCGUUGAUUGGAGGGAUCCCAACCCAGCCAUUGCUGCACACAAACUUCACAGCAACACAAAGAAGCUGGGCACGAUAUUGAAUGAAUUUGGACAUCAGAAGAUUGAUGUCCUCAAGGCAGAUGUGGAGAGCGCGGAGUGGAAAAUUUUGGAAAACCUGAUCUUGGAGGAUGUUGUUGAGCAAAUAGGGCAGCUGGUCUUUGAGGUGCACAUCCACUGGCCUGGUUUUGAGGUCAGCGGCAAUGACAGCACUGUGGUGCGGUACUGGUACAGUCUGCUCCGAGAGCUGGAGCUGAAGGACUUCAGGCUUUUCCAUACCUACAAAGACUUAUCAAAACCACAGAUGCUUCUGAAAAAGGAAGCCUUCAAUGCCAGUAGCUGUUACACGCUGAGCUGGGUGAAUACAAGAUGGAAAUAGCAGAAAGGAAUCUAUGACGUGUGACUGUGAGCCAUCUGUCCCAUAACAUUAUUGAAGAGGACCUGAGAGUCACUGGCUGAAGUUGCCAAAUAAGCAUACAGCGAUUGCUGGUGGAAUGGGCUGGCAUUUGUUUUUAAACACUGUCAAAAGAGCUGAAAGUGGAACCUGGUCUUUUUGGCUUGUUUUUAGUUCAGGUGAAGUUCCACAGUGACUUGUCUAGCACUGCACCUGGCUGCCUCCUGGCUCCUUCCCACAGAGCUCCCUGGCCCUGCCUCUCUCCCUGCCAGGGGCACACGGAUGCUUGUAGAGGUAGUGGUUCUGGUCUUGGGGACACGGGGACAUGUCCUGCUCUGCAUGUGGGCUCUGAGCACUGGCAUGCAAGAUUGAUGCAGGGUGCUCCUAACAACCCGGCUCAGCCAUUCCCUUAGAAGCUAAGCAAUGAGAGGGAGCUAAAAAGUAUGUAGCAGGUGGUUUAUUGUUAUUUUAAUUAAUAAUUUUGACAUUAAACUUUGCAUUGAAAUACAAGA